AUGUCUUUUCACGCGAACGCGGCAAAAUCGACCCCAUCCGCCAUGCCCCAUGAUGAUGGCCUAACAGACCAGCGAAAAAUCGAGUUCCUAGUUGGUGAACACGAGACGCUGUAUACCUUUCCAUUAGAACUCUUUACCGAAGAAUCCACCAAACUCGCCGCAAAAGCAGAGAAGGAGGCGGGUGAUCUCAAGGAUACAUUGAGACAUUGUACUGAGAAGACUUUCGGUCGUCUUUUUCAAGCCCUCACGAUCCUUGACUAUCGCGAAGAGGUGCCGGCCGACAUCCUUACGAAGGAAACAACAGACGCCCAAGAAAAGCCCGUCUUGGUUAAAGAAGAAGACAACCGCCGUGAUGGUUCGACUGUUAACAAAGACCACCUCAAGCUAGUCGUUCCUGAUAAACUCCCGUAUUCCAUGGCAUCAUACAAGGAGCGAUGGAAAUCUUUCGAAACUACAGGAUCAGAGCCUUGGUCCCUCGAUGCGUACAAGCACGGACUCAGAGUUACCGCCAUCAACUCCUUUCUUCGGCCACUGCGGAGCUCAGGUUACCCUGGUGGCAUGGUAUGGGAGCCCGAUGCAUGUGAAGAUGUUGGCAAGUCGUAUUUUUCCCGUAUUCAUGAGUCAUUUUGA